AAGAUGGAGAGAGACUCCACCGGCUCAGCAGAGAAAACCGAGCCGGUUUCAUCGUGUACAGCCAACAAAAAUGAAGACCCCUGCGCAGCUAAAACCCGCACCUCCCGGGGAGGAACCUGUGUUGCUACUCGUGUUGCCCGGGCCAGAUGGACUCUUCUGAGACAGGUGUUGCAUCAGAAGGAGACAGAUGGUCCAGAGGUUAAAGAGGUGUCUGUUCGCAGAUUCGCCACCUUUGACCUUUUCAUCAGGAAAACACUUUGUGAACACAGUAAUACCUCAGAUGACCAGUGGGUGGAGUACAAAAGUGUCUACUUUCCAGAGUACAGUGCCUUCCUCAGGGAGAACCUGGGACCUCUUAGAGUUAAUGAAGUACUCAACAGCUUUGACAACACUGGAAAUGUCUGUGUGUGGCCUUCUGAAGAGGUGAUGGCUCAUUACUGUCUGCAGAAGCGUCACAUGUUCAAUUGUCUUGGUGGCCUCAUGGUUGCCAUUUCUGCUGACGUGAAGGAAGUUCUGCUAUCAGAUGGGAAUGAGAAGUCCAUUCAGAAUGUCCGAAGGUUGAUGGAGAGAAACAGGCAGGCUGGAAAGUUUGGGUCAACACAUGUAUCUGCAAGGGUGGUCAGGUGGGACAGUGAGGUGGAUAUUUCAGCGCUAGAAGGUCAUUUUGAUAUCAUCAUGUGUGCAGACUGUUUGUUUCUGGACCAGUACAGAGCCAGCCUGGUUGAUGCCAUAAGGAGAUUACUGCGACCCAAUGGCAUGGCGUUGGUGUUCGCUCCACUGCGAGGUGAAACUCUGAGACUGUUUUGUGAGUUAGCCCAGCAGGCCGGACUGUGCGUUUCCCAACACCAGCAGUAUGACGCUCAGGUCUGGGAUGUUCACUUAAAGAUGCUGCGAGAAGGAAAACAAGCAUACGAUGAGAACAUCCACUAUCCUCUCCUCAUCACCGUGACCAAAGGACCUCAACCUGUCAACCACGCUCCGUAA